GAACUGAGAGCAAGUGCCUGUGCAAACUCUCUGGGUAAGGAGAGAAAGUAAAGGGAAAAAGAAGGAGCUCUAAACAAACCAUCGAGGGACGAAAGUGGAAUUACUUCACAGCUUGAGAAGCAGAAGAGAGAGAAAAAGCCUUUUGUUUUAUCUUUUUAGUCUCAUGUCUGCUUUCCCUCGCUGCCCAUUCCCUUGUCUGUCCUAAACCUCUCAGCCUGCAGUCUUAACGUGUGGCCUCUUCCAGCAUGCCCACAAACGGAAUUAACAGAGCUCUGAAGCUACAGUUUGGCCUCAUCAACUAUGAGAACCGCUACCUGACGGCUGAGACGUUCGGCUUCAAGGUGAACGCCUCAGGCAUUAGUAUGAAGAAGAAACAAAUCUGGACCUUGGAGCAGGAUGAGCAAGAUGGUCAAGUUGUAUUCCUGCGCAGCCAUCUGGGCCGGUAUUUAGCUUCUGACAAAGACGGGAAGAUCACAUGCGGUGCAGAGAAGCCUGAUCCUGAAUGCCGCUUCCUUAUAGUGCCCCAGUCCGAUGGCCGCUGGGCACUGCAAUCAGAGCCUUACCUGCGUUACUUUGGAGGGUCGGCCGACUAUCUCUCCUGCUUUGCACAAGCCAUAGGGGAGCAAGAGUUGUGGGCUGUUCAUUUGGCUUUACACCCGCAGGCCAGCCUGCUCAGUGUGGCACGUAAGCGCUAUGCCCACCUGUCUGCCUCUGAUGGAGAGAUCUCAGUGGACAGCAACAUUCCCUGGGGAGUGGUUUCUCUGGUCACCUUGGUAUACCUGGAUGGCAAGUACAGCCUGAAGACCUGCGACAGCCGUUUUCUGAGCAACGAUGGCAAACUGGUGAAGGAGAACACCAACACAACCAGCUUCACGCUGGAGCUGAAAUCGGGGAAGCUGGCCUUCAAGGACUGCGAUGGGAAAUACCUGACCCCGGUGGGCCCCACGGGAACGCUGCGCUCCGGCCGAUGUGCCAAGCCAGGAAAAGAUGAGCUGUUUGAUCUGGAAGAAAGUCAUCCACAAGUAGUCUUUCAAGCUGCCAAUAAAAGAUUUGUUUCAGUCAAGCAAGGAGUGAGUAUUUCAGCCAAUCAGGAUGCGGAGACUGACAUGGAGACCUUCCAGAUGGAGAUAGAUAAGGAGACCAAAAAGUCUAUGUUCCGGACCAAUGGUGGAUCCUACUGGACUUUAGUGAGCCAUGGGGAGAUCCAGUCCACUGCCAAAGAAGUAGAGGUCAACACAAUGUUUGACAUUGAGUGGAGAGGACAUAGGGUAGCCCUCAAAGCGAGUAAUGGGAAGUAUGUGUGUACAAAGAAGAAUGGUCAGCUCUCGGCGAUCAGUGACACAGUGGGUGAUGGUGAAUUAUUUCUGAUGAAGCUGAUCAACCGCCCGAUGCUGAUCCUGCGUGGAGAGAAUGGCUUUGUGUGUCACCACAAGAACUCAAACACUCUGGAUGCAAAUCGAUCCGUCUAUGACAUCUUCUCAUUGAUCUUCAAUGACGGAGCCUACAUUAUAAAAAGUGUCAACGGAAAGUUCUGGUAUAUUUCCAGCAGUGGCUUAGUGUGCUCAGAUGGAGAAAAGGCAGAGGACUUUUUCCUUGAGUUCCUGGAACACGGACGCAUCGCCAUCAAGGGCUCCAACGACAAAUACCUUCGUGGAGAUCAGGGAGGCACACUUAUGGGUGACGGUGCAUCUGUCGAUGCAUCAUCUCUCUUCGAGUACUGAUCCCUGCGAGUCAGGUCCCUGAAGAGGGCCUAAUAUCUAGGUGAAAAACUCACUUUCAUCAGGUCAAGUGAGGUGGACUUCCGGCAAAACCUGCCAGUUUUUAUAGGUUUCCAAUCUAAUGAUUGUUUUUGGGUUUUUUUAAUUGGAAAGAAGUGAACACUUUAGCAAACCAUGAGUCUUUUUCUUGCAAAUGAUAGAUGUGUUGUCUUUAAAAUGACAACAAAAUGCCAACAUCAAAAAACACAUACCAAGUGAAUUUUUAAUGUCAUAUAUGUUUAAAAAGAGAGUGGCUGCUCCAGUUCUUUCAGUUUGUUUAAUAUGCAUACGAUGUCAACCAAAUAAACUCACUGGGAGACUC